CGACACAAACGAUCACCACUUCACGACCCCCCCACCCUCUCCCGCACCGUGCUUUACGGUAAGCGCCGGCCAAACUCGUUGCUGGCCCGCGAUGUCGGGCGGUCGCCUGCACAUCAAUUUCGUGCGACUUCUCGCAAGGUGCGAGUCGCUGGUCGCGGACAACAGAGCUCACGACUGGCGCCUCGACAAGUACAUUGGAGCAUUACAAGAUCAACUAGCUGAAUUGAAAAGGCAAGCGAGCAAACCAUCUCCAGAAUUGCUGAAGGAAUACACAACCAAAGUGGAGUUCCUAAAAGGACUUUUGCUGGCGGAAAAGCUGCCAACAGCAUCUGAGAAGGCUUUGGCAGCACAGUUGCUAGCUCCAGGACGCACGCCCACCACGCCCAAUGAAGUUACGCCGACCAGCAAGACUGCUCAUCUGCAGGCCAGCGCUCGCUAUCAUGGGGAGAUGCGUGACGAACUGCUGGGAUGCACCACCCACGAGUUUGGAAAUGGCGUAAGGAAACGAACUGCUGGAAGGGCGACGGAUAAUCAGCCGGCAGACAUCGACGCGGUGUUGCAGCAUCACAACAAAAUGCAAGAGAAGCUCGCGGAUGAGAUGCUGCUUCUUGCACGCAACCUCAAGAACACGUCGCUUAUUGCCCACAACAUCAUCCAGCAAGACAACAAGACGAUGACGCAGUCGCUCAAGAUGGCGGACGUCAACUACGAGAAGCUUAAGGUGGAGUCCGAGCGUCUGGAGCAGCACACGAAGCGCGCUGCCAACUGGUGGAUAUGGAUCAUGCUGGUGGUCGUCUGCUUCAUCUUCAUCACGAUGAUCCUCUUCAUACGAAUCUUCCCCAAGCCCAGAUAACGCGGCCAAAAGAGGCCCCGUGAGGAGGCCGCUCGCCAGAGUGCCACCACAGCCUGCGCCCGAAACAUUCUGUUUGCAAGUCGGCCCAGCACAGGACCCGUUAAGUUACGCUUCCAACAACAGCAGUGAGCUAUGAAAACAUGAACUCGCCUCCCCCCCCCACCCCCACCUCAAGUUCCAAAGGGAAUCUCAAAUAAUAGUAAACUGAACCUGUUUCCGUUUCAAAGUGAUUAUCUACUCCAAUACGCAUUGAGGUAUUGUGUUUUCCCCAUCUACAGCUCUGAGUCAGUGGUGAAAAUUCUGCUUUCCUAAUGGGGGGGGGGGGGGGCGGCUAGUCCCGUGUUCUUCAUUGCAAGGCCCGCAGGUCACUGGCGGCCCCUGGUGGCCUUUAGUGCGACCCCUGCCGGGCCCCCCCCCCCCCCCCAGCAAUACACAACACGUGACACAACACCCUUCACAGGCGGUGUGGUGGCCCUCCCACUCACGCUGCCUUAUCGGCGAAAGUGUGGCCCCCCCCCCGCCCCCCUCUGAAAAUUGGUGAAGAAAACACUGGGCUCGUCGAUCCAUAGGAACAACCACUGUUGACUUCCUCACGAAGUGGUACUAAUGUUAUCGACCCCAAUGGGAUGAUGGGCCAAGUCUCAACCCCCAACCAGGAUUUAAAAUCCAGACCUUUCGGAUUGCGAGCCGCUCUACUACCGAGCUUGAUGCUGAAUAUUGUUUGGGUUUUGUGAUAAUGCUUCGAUGCUUUAACAUCAGUUAUUAAAAUCAAGACAUAUGCAUCAAGUUGCGUGUGCAAAAACCAGUGUUUUUUGAGUCCUGUUCAUGUACAGUCAAUGUUUAAUAUUCGCGGGGUGGUGGGAAUACUUUCCUGGAGAACGGCGAAAAUAUUAAAUCUGCGAAAUAAUAAUAAUACUUGAAGCUUGUGGGGAAAUUAGGGUAAGGAGCCAUAAAUAUAUGUUACGAUUAAAACCAUGUGAACUAUGUUUAUAUCAUCAUUUUACACAUUGUAGAGUAUUGUGUCAUUUAACUUGCCAACGACAAUAAUGAUGCACGCCAACAUUUAAAAGUACAGAUAUAAAUACAAGUGAAAGAAAGCACUCGCGUCUACCGUCAACGGUGCGGCAGACAGAGGCGGACGAGGGAGAGCGUCGCAUCGGCACCGUGGUGGCGAGAUGUUAACUACCUCGCCCGGUGUACAGUAGGUCGUGGGUUCAACCCUGACACUUGACGCCUGCUGUAUAUUUGCAGUUUGCCUGUCUCUCUCCCCGUGGGGGUCAUGUCGGGUUUUCCCCUCGACAUUUGGGAUAAACAUCACGCGUUUGGAGUAUUCGGCUGCAGCUGUACAUUUCCACGUGAAAAGCCGCUUUGUUGACCCAUUCAUUUGUGGCAAGGUCGGCUUCUGGAAAAGUGAUAUAGCUUCAGCGAGCCUUUCCUGGUAAAAUAAUAAAAUUAAGUUUAUAGUUUAGUUUUUACUUUUGCCGUCUCACAAUCUACACCGCUCCCAUGUGCCACAACUUGUCAGUAGCGUGCUACGAACGCGAACAUUAAAAAUACAACCCCAUAAAUGUCAAAUAGCACUAUGACAUUUCCGCGAAUGUGCAAAACCGCGAUAAAAUACCCCCGGCGAAUAUUAAGGGAUUGCUGUUCAACGAUGAGCAGUUGCAAUCAUUUCUUAAACAUCGCAGCAUCUCAAAGCGGCUCGUGUUGAAAUGGGAAAUACAAAACGCAUCGGAGCAAAAUGCGCAGCAGAGAUACCGAAGACGGAUUAAGAUGCAAAUAAUAUAAUAACUUGCGUUGAUCCCCCCCUCCCCCCGUGCCCAAUAUUAUCCAUUAAAUACGUUGCCUUAACUUUCGGGAAGACUAUAUCACCCCUAAUGCUGUGCGUGUGUCUACCCAAACAUUUAAAGUUGUAUUUCGAAAAAUUGCAUGUUGAAUGUAGAAAGCAGAUUAAGAAAAUCCUUAGUCCCAAAUUGUCAUGAUUCGAGCAGUUUAUGCAUGUUCUACUCGUUACAUCAUUUUCGUCAUACUCGUAAAAAUCACUUGACAAUAUUGCAAAUGUAGAUAUUAUUUAACUCGUUAUUGGCGGCGGAGGCGACGACGACGAUAACAUCGCCUAAGUUUUGUGCUGUGUCGGUGUGGAUGUGCUCUUUUAAAAACGUGUCAAUUUAAAA